AUGGUAGGGUGUUCUGCAGUGGUCAAAAGGUUACCUGCACAUUUGCAAACUGUUCAUGGUUUCAGUCCAAAGUCAUCAAAGUACAAGGCCUUGUUAAGUAAAGCUCUUCCACAACCCAAAAGGCCCUAUUCAGUUCAGAUGAUUGAAAAGAGAGCUGCUGCUAUCAAGAGAAUUGAAACUGAACCACCUAUGCCUGAUAUACCUGUAGUGGAUACUGUGAGAAAUGAUGAAGAUGAAGAAAUGGACUUGGAAGAUUUUGAACAAACUGAGACUUCAACCACAUGUGAUGUGAUUUUAAUUGAAGAUGAUGUGGAUAGCAGCAAGAGUCCUGACCCUGAAGUGUUAGUCAUGCUUGCCAAUUGGUUACAAUCGCCGGAUGGAGGUAAAAAAGAUGAGAAAACAGCAAAACAACAUGUGUCACAGAUAAAAAACAUUUUAUCUCUGAUUGAUGCUGAAAGAAGGGUAAUGUCGCUUUUCGAUUGCUCCCUACUGAAUGACAAAUUCGUAAAGUAUGCGGAACAGAAGUACGUCCCUCAAACAAUCAAAUCGUACUUCAUGAGCCUGCGUCAUUUCUACAACUAUGUUUUAGCAGAAAAGCCAGUAAUUGAUGCCACAACCGAGCUGGUUACUCAGAUGAUAGAAAAGGUAAAGAGAUGGUCUUCUUCCUACAAGAGAUCUAGCCAGAAAAGAAAGUGGGAAAAGAUGGAAGAAGACAGGGUUGAACUUGUUACACCUGAAAAAAUCCAGCAGUUUGAAAGAAGUCAGACUGGCAGGGAUGCUGUCAUUUUGCUGGGAAAAUUGAGUGGAGCACACAGUAUUGAGAUCACCCAAAGUCACUAUACUCUUCUGAGGGACUUUCUUCUCGUGCAAAUUUCGAUCGACAAUGCAAACCGGGCAGGAGUGCUGUCAAACAUGACUGUGAAAGAAUUUGAACGCGGUUACAAAGAAGAUGACAGAUUCAUCAUGAAUGUUAUGAAACAUAAAACAUUUCAUGUCCACGGCCCAGCGCAAGUCAUUCUUACUAGCAAUCUGCAAAACUGGAUCAGUAUCUUUAUAAAACAAGUGAGAUCAAAGCUGCCAUAUAUUACAGCAGAGAAAGAACAACCAUUGUUCCCAUCUUGGAAUGGAAAGAAAUUGGAAUCAGGCCAAAUUAGCAAAGCUAUUCAGUCCGUUUGGAAAAAGGCUGGAAUUGCAGGACCAAUCCACAGCACACUCUUCAGAAAAAGGUGCAGUAACAGUGUGUCACAGCAGCCAGAAGGAAAUGACCAGUGA